ACGACGUCGGGUAGCGAAUGAGUCAAACCUAAGACAUCCCUUCGUCUCCAAGGAAACAGAGUAGAAAAGGCGUUUGAUUUCUUUUUUAUUGAAGCUCGGCCGCUCCUCUCUCGUCCUUGUACAUGAUAUUUCUCUUGUUUUUUUUUUUAAUUUUUAAUCCUCUUCCUCUGUAAAUAUUGCUUAACUUUCGACUUUCCCUUUCCUAAUUUUUGGGUAGUUAUGGAGGGGGAUUUGGAGACGAUCGGUGAAAUCAAUUGGGAUACCUUGUUUCUUGAGCUUGACUCUUCCGAUUUUGCAAAUAUCUUUGAGAAUUCUAGCAAUGAACCAGAGCCAGUAACACAACCUCUUCAGCCUUUGUCCACCCCAUCUCCCGAUGGAGAUGCGGUGGUGUCUUCGUGUAUCGGGGAGAUCGAGAGGGUUUUGAUGGAGGACGAUGAUUUUGAUAAAGAGGUUCAGACUCAGUCUGUCUCUGAUGAUUUUUUGGCAGAAGUACUGGUUGAUUCACCUCUCAGUGGCGGCGGUGAGGUCAUCGAUGCUGCUGCUGCUGAUGUUCCUGAUGCUGCUGAUGUUGCUGAUGUUGCUGAUGCUUCUUUCUUCAAACAAAACGACUCCGACAACAACAUCCAUAGCGAUGAUCAUAUUGCUAAGAAACGGAGAAGGCAGUUGAGAAAUAGAGAUGCAGCUGUGAGAUCAAGGGAGAGGAAGAAGAUGCAUGUCAAGGAUCUCGAGAUGAAGAGUAGGUAUUUAGAGGGGGAAUGUAGGAGAUUGAGCCGCAUGCUUCAGUGCUUCAUUGCAGAGAAUCAAGCUCUUCGUCUUACUUUGCAUAAGGGUUGUGCAUUUGAUGCAUCCUCGGCCAAGCAGGAGUCUGCUGUGCUCUUGUUGGAAUCCCUGCUGUUGGGUUCCCUGCUUUGGUUCCUGGGCAUCAUGUGCCUGUUCACCCUGCCAACACUGCCCAAGUCUCUUCCGGAGGCAGUUCCGCUGGAAAACGAGGAAAAGAGAGGUCCAGAAAGAGUGGCUCCAAGAGGGGCAGGGAGUAACCUGGUGGGACAAUCUUUUGUGAAGAGUAGGCGAUGCAAGGCUUCAAAGACGAGAAUUAAAGAAUUUCAUGUUUCUGGAAUUUUAGCAAGGGCUUGUGGUUCACAUCUCUCCUUGGUUUUUCCAUUUUAGGUUAAGGGGAUGAUGAACAGGUUUAACACAAAUUUGCUGGUGGGAUGGCCCAUAAGCAGUCUUGGUCUUUGUUUUUGCCUUCAAAACUCUUCUAUUGAGCGUUUAGUUUGUUUGUAUAAAUAAAACCUUAGAAAUAUUAACUUUAUAGAUUGUUGCAGUUUCUUACUUGUUGAUUAUAAAAGUCCAGUCCAGUGCA